CGCCGGCGGCAGGAGGGCGCGGAGAGGCGGCCGCGAGCCGGAGCCCCGAGCCGGCCUGUCCCCGCGGCCCGGCGGGCUAGGGCCGGGGCGAUGCUGCAGGAGGAGUCGGACCUGUCUCUCGUGAUCGCGCAGAUAGUGCAGAAGCUCAAGGGCUCCACUCUGUACGCUCAGCUGGAACGGCAGGCCUGGGCCAGUCUUCAGAGACCUGAAAUUAAACUUGAAUCACUAAAAGAAGAUAUUAAGGAAUUCUUUAAAAUAUCAGGUUGGGAGAAGAAACUUCAGAAUGCUGUUUAUAGUGAACUGAGUGUGUUUCCUUUACCUAGUCAUCCUGCUGCACCUCCUGAACAUCUGAAAGAACCUUUGGUAUACAUGAGGAAAGCACAGGGAAGUUGGGAAAAAAGAAUUUUGAAGAGUUUAAAUAGUAUGUGCACUGAACUGAGUAUCCCAUUGGCACGAAAGAGGCCAGUUGGAGAACAGAAAGAACUUCUCAAUAAAUGGAAUGAAAUGGGAACUGAUGAACCAGAUUUAAGCCUUUUCAGACCUGUUUAUGCACCGAAGGAUUUUCUGGAGGUGUUAAUUAAUCUUCGCAACCCAAAUUAUGAAAAUGGUGAUUCUCUUAGUUUCAGGACUCAUUUGGGUUUAAUCCAAGUUCCUCUGAAAGUAAAAGACAUCCCUGAAUUGAAGGAAUUUUUUGUUGAACUUGGCUUAACUACAGGACAGCUGGGUAUAGAUGAUUCUACACAAGUGCCUCCUGAACUUUUUGAAAAUGAGCAUGUACGUAUUGGGCAAAAAGUCCUAGCAGAACAAGAUAGUGCUGCUGCUCAGCAAUAUAUCAGACAAGGAAGCCCUACAGCACUGAGAGCAGAAUUAUGGGCUCUCAUUUUGAAUAUUUCCAGUCAACCUGAGGAUAUCUUGUAUUAUGAGCAGCUUAAGACAAAUGUGAUACAACAUGACCUUUUGGUGGACAGUCUAAUCUAUAAAGAUGUGAAGUUGACAGCAAGCAAUGAUGAUUAUUAUUUUGUAUUUGAAGAUUAUUUAUAUCAGGUGUUACUUUGUUUUUCCCGGGAUACAUCCGUGUUGGGUCAUUUUGCAUACAACAGUGCUUCACCACCGAAGUCCUACAUAAGAGGAAAACUAGGACUAGAAGAAUAUGCAGUCUUUUAUCCACCAAAUGGAGUAAUCCCUUUCCAUGGAUUUUCAAUGUAUGUUGCACCACUUUGUUUUCUAUACCAUGAGCCUUCCAAAUUGUAUCAGAUAUUCCGUGAGAUGUAUGUGCGUUUUUUCUUCAGACUCCAUUCCAUCUCUUCUCAUCCUUCUGGUAUUGUGUCCCUCUGUUUGCUGUUUGAAACUCUUCUUCAAACCUAUCUCCCCCAGCUCUUUUAUCAUCUACGAGAAAUUGGGGCUCAACCACUUCGCAUAUCCUUUAAAUGGAUGGUUCGAGCUUUUUCUGGAUACUUAGCUACAGAUCAACUCCUGCUUUUGUGGGAUAGAAUCCUAGGAUACAACUCUCUGGAAAUUCUUGCUGUGCUGGCAGCUGCUGUGUUUGCUUUCCGAGCAGUGAACCUGAUGGAGGUGACAUCACUGGCUGCAGCUGAAGCCGUUCUUGCUGACCUUUCUACUUUAAAAGUUAUGCCUCUUCUUCAAAUUUUUCUGUUUGCUACUGUCACCUGAUUUCCUUCAAGGUCACUGACAACACAUCUAGUUUUUCAUUAAAAAAUAAUCAUGAACUAUGCAAACUCUGCAUAAAACCAAAAUUAAACUUUGCAUAUAAACCAAUAAAGAUCAUGUUCCCUCUUCAGUUAAACCUAAGUAGUUUUUCACUUUUUGAAACAAUAACUCCGCACACCAAAUAUUGCACUGCAUGCUGCUGAUUUUCAAGAGAGAAGCAAUAGACGUAAUUCCUGCUAAAUUGAGCAUAGUGUCUCUAUACUCCUGACUUGUAAAAGGCAUGUAACCAUAUAUGCAAUAAGAACGAAAGAUACUGUAAUAAACUUGAAGAGGUAAUGUAGCCUCUGGGACAAUUUUCUUAUGUCAGUUUGUAAAUUUAUCUCUAGAUAAUGUUUCACUUUGUCUUGUAAAUUGCUCUUCACUCAGAGCCAGGGGUGGAGUAGAAUGUGGGAAGAUUUGAAAAAGGUAAUGGAAGUCAAGCGUACUUUGGUCUUCUUGAUGACUGUUCUCUCAUCCGAGAUCUUCUAGAUCCCUUUCCAUUUUACUUUCCCCUGAAAGGUCUCAGUGGGGCAGACCAAAUACAGUUGUCUCCACCUGACAGUAUUUUCUUCAUCACUUUCCGAAAAAAGAACAUUACGGAGUGAUGCCUUCAAACUCAACCUUCCGCCUCUUGCUUAAGAAGACUUGACACUGCCAAGGCCUGUUGCGAGUCGGUUACUUUGGAAGCAUGCAAAGAGGACACCCAAGGAUUCAAUGAAGGGAAUGAAAAAUCAAAAGCUUACCCGCUUUUGCCGAAUCUUGGUUUAACAAGAUUUACUUCCAGGGCAGAGCAGCUGAGAAACCAGAAGUAGGUACCAUAUACAUUCAUUUUAGAACUGAAGACAUUAUGCGAGUCCUCAGUCUCAUCUGGGUCUUUAUUGUAAGUGAAGGGUUUUAUUUUAUAUCUCUUCCUAAAGACCUACCAUUUCUGUAAUUCGGAAUAAUAUAAUGUGAAAAAAAGUCCAAAUUCAAGAUGCUGAUCAUUUCAACACAACUUUGAAUCAAGAGAUUGAUACUCUUACUGAAUGCCUGGAAUUGUAUUAAGUUUUGUCCAAAUGUGUUUCCUGAAUUUUUUUAUUUAAAGACUAUAUAUAAAUUAGGAAAUGUCUGAGGUUUAACACAAGACUGCAAAUGUGAUGAAAUUUGACAGAAUUAGUUCUUAAUUUGCUAAUCUUUAUUAUAUGCUUUAUUCAUCAGGUACUUAUUGAACACAAAAUAAUCAUUUAUUAUUCAGUAAUUGAUUCUUAAGAAACCCCAUUUCAUUGCUUUUUAAAGUGAUUCAGUUAUGACCACAUGCUUUGCCAUUGGGUGUGUGCAAAUGCACAUUCAUCACAAAGAUAAGCACUACUAUCCCCCGUUCUUCCCUGUUAGAGUUUUAAAUGAUUAAAGUCAACUGUGUACAGAUACGCCCAUUGUUGGCUUCCUUAAGAGAAUACUCAUCAGCCUUUUUAAAAGGCGAUGUAGUGAUCUAGUAGGAAAACUCUAGACUGAGAGUUCUUGUCCUAGCUGUGACUGCCUAGAUGAUUUAAUCUCUCUUCUGUAAUUGAGGGGGUGGAGGGUGUGAG